CAGAGACAUCCAGUGAAUGUCGGAAAGACAAACGAUGAUGGUGUUUGAACUGCCAACACACUGAGUUUCUCUCGCAGGAGACAUCUAAUGAAAAAUUACUGCAACGUAACAGAAUGUAAGACUCGUUUCAUUCAGUUUGUGUGUACUUAAACUUUUAAUUUAUUUGCUAAACUAUAAGGUGUUAUGGGGAAUCAUAAUGUGGAAAUUAGGUAAUUGGUCGCAAUGUCGUGCUCAAAGUCUAUUAGAAUGUAAUAAAAGAGAUGUGAAAUACAUUAAAACUCCUAUCUGCUUAGAUAGGAGUUUAAAUUUUACUGUGAAAUCAGUUAAACUUUAGAUUUUUAUAUUUUCUUUCCACCAAUGGAGCAACAUUUCAUUUUUGGUUGCAAAAUGUUAUUUAAUCAAAAAUAAAAUCUUUUUUCUACAUGUAUAUCACAUAAGACAUAAGCAAACGGUUUUUAGAUAUUAUAGGUAUGUGCGUUUUAUAUUUAUUGUGUUGUAGAGAAUCGCUUGUCAAGCUUUUCUUUUACCUGUUUAGUUUUUGUUUUUGUUUGAGAAGUAUAAUAUUGUUAAACUGAAUUAUCUGUAAGGUUCAAACUGAAGUCUAUAGUUAGAUGUAGUUGCUCCUCAGUUUUCCAUACUGGAUUUUUUCUUUCUUUUUUUUUCCAUAUCUGACAUGCCAAUAGGUAGCUGCUCUUUUCAGCCAAGUGAAGGAUACCACAAGGGGCAGUAAUUCCAGUAUGGAGGACAAGGCAAAUGGUUCAGUUGACACCAAAAGCCCGGUGGAGAACGGUCAGCUGCCAGACCCUUCCAACUGGGGAGUUGCUGACGUUGUCAAUUAUUUCAAGGCAACAGGGUUUGAAGAGCAAGCUACAGCUUUCCAAGAUCAGGAAAUUGACGGCAAGUCUUUGCUGCUGAUGACGCGUAACGACGUCCUAACAGGACUGUCGAUAAAACUCGGCCCCGCGUUGAAAAUCUAUGAGUACCAUGUGAAGCCGCUGCAAACGCAGCACCUGAAGAGCAACGCGUCGUAGCACGGCCAAAUGUCCUGCCACCCACCUCAGCGACAAUCAUGUCAGGAGACUACAGGUUAGCUGCGGCUUCACAAAGACUCUUCUGCCAACAGAGGCACCUUGACAAGUUUUGAAUGCUGUAUGGUUUUUUUUGUUUUGUUUUUGUUUUAAUAAGCGUGGAUCCCAAAACCCUGGUCUGCACACUGCAUCCACUCAGCUGUUUACCCCUUCAGCCAUUCUUAUUUCUGCUGCUUUAGAUAUGUAUUUUUGUGUUUUAUUUAAGAAAAGAGAUUAAGAGUGAGUAUUCUGAAGGUUAGAUUUGUGUGUUUGUGUGGUGAAUGUGUGUGCAAAGUAAAUGAAACCACAAUGGGUUUUUUAAAUAUUUGUAAAUAAGAAGAUAUAUAGUUGACAAGGAUGUAUGUUCUGUUAUAUUUGAACACUUUGAUACGUGCAGAAAAUUAUUAUGAUCCCAUUGUGUUUCCCUGAAUUUAGUUUUUAUGUUUUAAACUGCACAUCAGAGUCCAUGAUUUGUUCAGAGCAUGUAACAAUUAAUCACUUUGUUUUCCAGGACUUUUAUCUAAAGCCUCUUUGUUUCUUUAAACCAACUUUAUUUAGACUUGAGGCUCUUCGUAUGAAAAUCUUUGUGUAUAUAUUCUUAUUACGUACCUACCUGUGGUGCUUUCAGCUCUGUCACCUGGACAGCUGUAUUGAAGUGUUCAUGACCCAUGUUUAAGUGCAACACUGGAGUUUGAAUAUCUUGAGUCUGAAAUUGAUAAAUGGUGCUUUUUUUCACCAAAGAACA